AUGCACUCCACCACCAAGAAUUUCUCUCCCGCCAACAGGCCACAUUUCAAAAGGCAUACGGAGCACCUAGCAACUAAUCCUUUGUGUCUUGCUCUCGACACUCUAGAGAUGAAUGGCUUGCGAAUAUUCAUAGCGCCAUUUUUCGCGCUUGGGCAUUCUGGACGCCGAGGACUUCUUGGAGAAUCGAGGUUUGCCAAAAUAAAACAGAUAAACUCGACCAAAUAUGUUUCUGGAGCAAUACCCUUGGAUGCGCCACAUGAGCAACUCUGGAACCUAAUAGACACAUCGGCCGUGCUGCUCUGGAUCGCAUACUUGCCAGUGCUUGAUGCCUUGCAUAACAUGGCUUUAGCAUCUCGUCUCUGGAUUGGACGGCUGGCGAUGGUGGCUGUAGUGUGGUCAUGA